CACAAGGAACAUAACCCGGAAGUUCUUUACAAAUCUGAUGAUCUUCAGACAACUAGCAUGAUCAGGACCCAAGUUAUACAUUUGGUAGUGACUUUGAAUUGUUUAAACGUAUGAGGGCGAUUUCGAGAAACGGAGUGUUUAAUUUUUCCUCCAUGUUUUCAGACGUCUCCAUGCGUUUCUGAAAAGGAAGUCUGUUAGCAUCAGCACAUGUCCUGUAGUACAAUGUCAACAGCACCAGAGGCUCCAACGGGAGGAGCAGACGCCCCCGUGUCAAAAACCAGCCAGCUGUUUAAGGGCUGCUGGAGCUGCCGGGUCAUCUCCGGCGGCGGGUUGGUCCUGUCCGGAGCUUACGUGUACCAUGCAGCCCGGGGAGUGAUGCGACUAGGUGGACCCACCUCUAUGGGGACAGUGGCGCAGAUCACCUUUGCUGCUUGUUUGGCUGCAUGGGGAAUUGUGAUCAUCGCUGACCCGGUAGGAAAAGCCCAGAGGAAGACGUGAAGGCCUCUCACGAGAGCAUGAAUACACUUUUAUACUGGCUCUAACAUGGACUACUAAGUUGUUUGUGGACAAUAUGACACCCAGUUAAAGAAGUGUGUACAGUGUGUGGGGUUGACCAAGGAUCCUACAAUGUUGGAAGCUAUCGAUUGGUUGAAUUAAAGAUCAUAUAUUUAAUCAAAAA